AUGGGUUGUGGAUCAUCGUAACCAGCUGCUGAACCUGAUAAAAUGUCAAAAUCUUUGAAAAGUGCCAGUACAUCAGAAAUAGAAGACUUAAUUGGCAAAAAAAUACCCAAAGUACUAUUAAAUAAUAUAGGUAAGUUACUGAUUUAAGCGGAGAUGAAGCAUCGAUAUACUGCUGACGAAGAGGCAAUUAAAAAGUAUUCAAAUUAAACUAAACCACUAGCGACUUAAUUUAAAUGUAACCUCCAUAGGAAAAUGAUAACGUUGUUGCAAGAGCUUAAAAAAAGAUGCAAAAGAAAUAUAGAGGAGGCGAGGAUGUAGAAGGUUAGAUUAUUGAGAACGUGAAGAGAGUUGAAAGAGAAAUGCAUUGUAUAACAAUUUUUAAUUUAUUACUCAGAAAGUGAUGUAGAUUUAAUCAUAAAAAGUUUCAAAAGCCAUUUUGUAUUUUUUAGUCUUCCUGAAGAUUCACUCUAAUAGUUAAUAGAAAACAUGUUUUAUUGUACAAUAAAGGCAGGAGAAUUUGUUUUUAAAUAAGGAAAUUAGGUUAUUAAAUUAUUUGAUAUAAUAGGCUAGUGCAUAUUUCGUUAUUGAAAGAGGAUAAGUCGAAAUUAUUAUAAAUGAAAAUCCUAUCAGAGUGCUUCAAAAAGGGGAUUAAUUUGGUGAAAUUGCAUUGCUCUAUAAUGCCACCAGGUCUGCCUCAACUAAAGCCCUUACAAAUUGUGGGUUUUGGUCUUUAGAAAGAGCUACUUUUAAAAAGACAAUUGAAGAAAUCACUUUGAAAGAAUAUGAUGAAAAUAGAAAAUUCAUAGAUUAAGUAUGUAUCAAAAUAGUAAUAGGUUAAUUUCUUCUCGUUUAUGACAUCUGAAUAAAGAGAUAUGAUAGGACAUGCUUUGAUUACUACAAAAUUCAAUCCUGGGUAGAAUAUUGUGAAUGAAGGGGAUUAAGCCGAUUCAUUUUAUGUCAUCAAAAGUGGAUAGGUAUAAAUAUUAAAAGGAGACAAAUUAAUAAGAAAAAUGGGUGCAAAAGAUAGUUUUGGGUAAAGCUAUUAAUUUGAUCUAUUUUUUUAGAGAAUAAGCUUUAUAUGAGAAAUCAGUUAGAGGAGCCACUGUUAAGGCAGAAACCGAAGUUAAAUGCGUUGCUUUGGGAAGGGAGAAUUUAACAAAGAUAUUAGGAGAUAAAAUAUAACUUAUAAUAUUCAAUAAUAUUAUGAGAUGGAGUUUUGAAAAAAGCGAGAUACUAAAAUAAUUAACAAAAAUUUAAUUAGAAAAAAUUUCUCAGAAAGCAAAAAUUGAAAAUUUUAAAAAAGGUUAAGUAAUCUUUGAAGCCAAUAAACCUUGUGAUAAAUUAGUUGUAGUUUUAGAAGGUGUAUUGAUAAAUUCAAAAUAAGAAUCGGUCAGUAAAGGGUCUUGUUUUGGGGAUCAAUUUUUGAAAAAGGAACGCUACGGUUCUCUUCUUGAAUGUGCUUUUACUAUGGUAGGAGAUGGAGUCUUAGCAACAAUUACUUAUUAAGCAUUAUUUAAGAUAUUUGGAGGGGACUUAGAAACUGCAUUGAAGAAAAAUGAAAAUUCACAUGAGAAGAAAAUUUAGUAAAUAGGUAAGAGAGAGGAUGCCUCACAUAUUGUUUUAGAAGACUUAAUUUAUAUAAAAAAAUUAGGUGAAGGAUAAUUUGGAAUUGUUUAUUUAGUUAAGCACAAAGAAACAAAAAAGGUGUUUGCUUUGAAAAGUGUAAGCAAAGCAUCAAUAAUUGAAUAAAAUCUAGAGAAACAUAUUACGUAAGAGAAAACAGUAUUAGAAUAGAUAAACUUUCCAUUCAUCAUGGGUUUUGUUAGAACAUUCAAAGAUGAUAUGUCUAUUUAUUUUUUGGUUGACUUCAUUAGAGGGAUGGAGCUUUUUGAUGUAAUAAGAGACAUAGGAUUGUUGCAGAAGCCAGAAACAUAAUUUUAUAUUGGUACAAUGAUUCUUUGUAUAGAAUACUUACAUUCUAAGAGUAUUGUAUACAGAGAUCUGAAGCCAGAGAACAUUAUGGUAAAUGCUUAAGGAUUCAUGUAUUUAAUUGAUUUAGGAACAGCUAAACCUCUUCUUAAAACAAAGGCGUGUCGAACAUAUACAAUUAUUGGGACUCCACAUUAUAUGGCUCCAGAAAUAAUAGCUGGAAAAGGAUAUACUUUUAGUGUGGAUUUGUGGAGUAUCGGAAUUUGUAUGUAUGAAUUCAUGUGUGGAGGAGUGCCUUUUGGGGAAGAAUUAGAAGAUCCAUACCAAAUAUAUGAAGAAAUUAUGAACACUCAAAUUAAAUAUCCUACCUUCCUCAAAGACAGACAUGCUAAAAAAUUCAUGGAGUAGUUAAUGAACAGGCAACCAGAAACUCGAUUAGGAGCAUCUUAUUCAGCUUUGAAAGCUCAUCAAUGGUUUGAUGACUUUGAUUUUGAUAAAUUGUUUAGUAGAGAACUCAAGCCUCCAGUAUUUUUGUUUAAUAAUGCUUUUAGUAUUUGCCUAAGCCAGAGAAUAUGGUAUCAGAACAAGAUAUUUAAAAGAGAUUCAAUUAAAAUAAAUUAGUUCUUCAAGAAAUAAAAAAUGAAUAAGAUAAUCACAAACUUAAAUACAAUAAGCAACUUGCUAAAGAUCCUAAUUGGGAUAAAGACUUUUGA